UAAUAACUCAAUCAACAAUUAUAAACUAAACUCAACUCAUUCGUGUUUGAAUCCUUGCUAUCCUUUGUCCUAUUCGAUCAGAAUGAAACGCAUUCGUUUCACAAGUUACAAAAACAUCUGUUAGAUUCAUUGGUGCCAUUGGUGCUCAUUCAGUUUUGAUGAGAAUAACUAAAUUUCGCAGAUUAUACAAGUUUCACUGAAUAGUAGUAGUUUGCGAUUCGCUAGGAGAAGUGAAAGCGAACACUAGAAAGUAUACCCGCACCAUUGUUAAUCGUGAAUUACUGUUGCACCUGUAACAAUUAUAACUGUUUGUGGAUGAGAUUUGUUUACAAUCGAAGAAAGACUACAUCAGCUGACGUUUUUCAAUGACAGACGCUUAUUGUGUGUGUCAUUCACUUCUUCAUUCAUUAUCCGGCAAAAUCGAAUUCAAAAAGUUCCGUACAAAUUUCGUGGAUUUUAUAGACUAAGAUGAGUGAAAAUGUUUGCCAACACUUUCGGGAUUACUACAAAGAAUUCGGUCUGAAAACAUUUGAGCUGGUCCACGCCUUUUUCUCCGUCUCUACAACAACAGAUGCUCGCAGACGAAAGGCUCUAUCAUGUUUGUGUUACACGUGUGGAGGAAGUGGACCGCAACUGUUCUCAUGCCUUCAUUGCAUUUUCUUCGGCUGCAAGGGUUCGCAUAUGUUUGACCAUCAGAAAAUCAACAAGCAUCACAUUGCAUUGGAACUGUCGUACGGAAUGAUUUAUUGCAAUUCGUGCAAGGACUAUAUGUACCAUCCAGAAUGUCAAACUAUAGCAGAAGUGCACUUAAAGAAUGAGGCAAUAAGUCUGAACAAAAGUUUGUCGUGGCGGCCGUGGGCACCAAACGAUGUCGAUAUCAAUUUAUUGCUGGCUAACCCGAAACGUAGACACACUAGUGGUAAAUCCACAAUCGGUCUCAGAGGUCUCAUGAACUUAGGCUCAACCUGUUUUAUGAAUUGCAUCGUCCAAGCGUUGAUACACACACCGUUGUUACGUGACUACUUUUUCGCUGAGAGACACGAGUGCACCGUGAAAAUGUCUACCAAAUGUCUCGUCUGCGAAAUGUCUCGUGUGUUUCAAGAAUUCUAUUCGGGAACGCGUGCACCAUUGUCACUGCAUCGUCUGCUGCAUUUAAUCUGGACACAUGCUCGUCAUCUAGCCGGAUACGAACAACAAGACGCACACGAAUUUUUCAUAGCCACACUGGACGUAUUGCAUCGACACUGUAAAAAUGCCAAAUCAGAAGUUGAGAAAGCCGAACGCAACAAAGACAAAAAGGACAUAUCAAAGGACAAGGAGGGUGUUACGAAUCCAGCACACUGCACAUGCAUUAUUGACCAAAUAUUCACCGGUCGAUUGCAGAGCGACGUAGUUUGUCAGUCAUGUAAGGGCGUGUCUACAACAAUUGAUCCAUUCUGGGACAUAUCGUUAGACUUAGGUGAGGUGCCACACGGUAGUGGCGUACCAAAAUCGCUGAUAGAUUGCCUAGAACGAUUUACCAGAGCAGAACACCUUGGCUCAUCCUCCAAAAUAAAAUGUGGAUCGUGCAAAGUGUACCAAGAGUCCACCAAGCAACUGUCGAUGCACACGCUUCCAAUUGUCGCGAGCUUUCAUCUGAAGCGAUUCGAACAUUCCAGCCAAAUCGAUAAGAAAAUCUCGACAUUCAUUUCGUUUCCAUUCGAACUGGACAUGAAACCGUUUAUGUCGAAAGUAAAUGACUCCCUCGGCGAUUACAUGUACAGUUUGUACGCGGUGAUCAAUCAUGUCGGGUCAAUUGACAAAGGUCAUUUCACUGCAUUCGUUCGCCAUCACAAAGAUGUCUGGGUGAAGUGUGACGAUCACAUGAUAUCGACCGCAACGCUAAAGGACGUUUUGAACAGUGAAGGGUACAUGCUGUUUUAUCACAAGAAAGUGUUGGAAUACGAGUGAAUCGUGUAGAACGAAGGAGUGUCCUCAGUGAUGCGUAUUGAUGGCCUAGUCGCAUUUCUUGAUUGCUGUGGCUUCAUUCAUUCUUACCCGGACUCAUUAACGUAAUUUGUUAAUCUACUACUUUCUAUCUGCAGUCAUUUGUUAUUUACCAGCCUGCGUUCUUCGACAAUGUUUUUCCGAAUACUGGAAUGACAUGCAACAUUCUACGUACAAGAUGUAUGUUCUUUAAUAACUAAAUAAACAAGUUACGUGUACUUAA